AUGUCGAUAUCGGUGUAUAGCCAGCUGGCGAGCAGCGCGGCACUGCCGCCCAGAACUGGCCUAUCAACGAGCUUUCUCCGCAGACAGCUCAAACUCACCGUCUCCGCAGCACGUUUUGCGACUUUCUUCGCGCCCACGGCAACACAACUGAGAGCAUUUGUCAACGAUCAAGAGCCUGCCGCACGACACACCUCUAGGCCACAUAGUCAGGCUCUGGGCACAAUUCAGAAAGAUUCAAUUAUGAACAUUACAACAGUCCUCGAGAAUGGUGCGCCAAAUAAUGGUUCUCAUGCCGCCAAUCUUGGUGCCACGAAUCGUUACGCUACUCGGCACUCCACGACUACUGAGGCGGGUUUCGAGCAGCAGUAUCCAUCCACGAGGGAUGAAAUACAUCACGAUAGGCGAUUGCCAGGCCUGACUCAACUCGACAUCCCUCCCUCGUCCAGUUCCUUCAGCAGUGGCACUACUCAGCAGAACAACGCAUCUUCUGCUAACAGUGAAACUCCCAAGCAUGUUCGUUUCAUACACCUCCUUGAUGGAGGCGAGCGCAGUCGUUUGGCUUUGUCGACCAAUAUCAAUGCGCACGACACCACACAGUCGAUCAUCGAUGCUGUGCGGAACUUCUUUGGUCUCUUCACCGGUCGUCUGGGUUUCGAAGAUGAGUCUGGGUGUCACAUCAUCCCAAGUUACAACAACUUUGGCCACGGCGGCACUAUCUUUCUUCGUGGUGAGCCCGAAGAAACAAACAACGCUGCUCACCUUCAAACGGAGGCGCCGCUUCAGUCCCCAACCAAAACCUUUCCGAUGCUACCACCCGCAUCCAACCAACCCCUGUCUAGACCUGGGUCUCGUAUAUCGAGCGGUAUUCAACUUGCACCCGGCUUUGAAUUCACACCGCAGGUAUCGCCCACCAAAAACGAAUCUUUUGGUUGUAACCCACCAGGAUAUGUUGAGCACAGAGGCACAGACGAAUGGAUCAUGCGCCUUCCUGCCGGCAGCGUUGAGGAUCCGAACGGUACUGGCUCGAAGAUUGCAAGUGCUGAUAUCAGCGAGGCCAACAUUGUUGACGGAGGCCGAAGGAAACGGGCAAAGUUCGAUACUCAGGACUUACCUCUUUUUCAGCCGAUGCAGGUACCGUCUACUCAGUCAAUGUCAUCUGCGUCCCCUGUUCGGCGUCCUCCUCCACAAGCGUCGAGUGCCCAUGACGGUUACGCUUUGUCCCACACUGAUACUACUCCUCAGAGAGCUAUGUCGCAGAGAAGCUCUUUGCAAUACAAUGGGCCAAACCGCCGUCGUGGAGUGCUACCCACACCUGACCACACGACAGCAAGCGCUAUGUCAGACGAGGACGUGGCCUGGCAAUUAGUCAGUCUUAGUGACAUUGGGCGAUUGCCUGGUCAAGGGCGUACAUCCACUUCCACUCUAGAUGAUGCGUUCAGCGGCAAAGCAAAUGCAUCAGAUCUAGGUGACGAGUACAGCGAAGAGGAGGAAGAUGCUCCAAUCGGCGCCCCGAACUUCAAUAUUUACCAAGACGACCAACCUCGCCACAGCGCAAAGUCACGAAGCCAUUCAAGACGCGAAGCCGACGGUGAAACAAGCGGCGAAGAUUGUGAGGACGGUGACGACGUCUCGUUCAAGGGUGCGAGCAGCGAGAUGUCGGGAGUCGAUAGGCGUAAAGGCCCAAAAUCAACGUCGAAACAUCCCAAAAGCAAAGCAUCCAAGCCACAGCAAGGUGGAAAGGGUGUGAAGAAGGAGUAUGGCUCCAAACAAGCCCCUCCUUCCCCUCGCUCUCUUUCCAAUUCAUCGCGCAAGCCUUCCAACGCUUCCCUGGGGUUCACUGCGCCUCUCACACCACUUGCCCCGGAUGAGACUGACUUGUCCAGCAAACCUCGAUGCCAGCGAUGCCGCAAGAGCAAGAAGGGCUGUGACCGACAACGUCCAUGUGGACGCUGCAAAGACGCUGGGCUCGGUAUCGAUGACUGUGUCAGCGAGGAAGAGACCAACAAUAAGAAAGGACGCUAUGGACGACACAUGGGUGUCAUUAUCAAGAAGGAUGAUGAGGAGUCCAUGUCUCCGCAUGCAAAUGCUCAUAUCCAACCACAGAAACAAGCGCCAUCACAGGCGCCGCAACUGCCACCAUAUCCCUACGGCCAGAAACCCUCGGAUGAGAUGUUCAAGAUGGCACAGCAAGGCUUCGCCGGGCUCUCAUCCAAGGACAAGAAACGUAAGCGGUAG